CGUCCUACCGUGUGUUGCCGCCCGGACAGUAUGAAAGACGAACCAAACACCUCUGAAACCACACGUUUUCCUUUUCUUUUCUCUCUUUUUUUUUAUUUAACACUGUGUGAGUAUAGUCGGCUCAUUAUUCAGUCCACGACAGAGUAAAGGUAGUUAGCAACUGAAAUAACCGAGCGUUUUAUUGGGAGGGUGACAACAACUGAGAGCUGAGUUACCCGACGAGUCAUGCUCCUGGUGGACCCCGGUCUGUACAUUGGCACUGCGGCAGACCUCAAUGACAGCAAGGCAUUGGCUGAUGCAGCCGUCACUCACAUCCUGUCAGUGGACUCCACGGACCCCACUCCUGUGCUUCCUGCCAAUGGGGACCUCCACAGGAAAUGGAUUAAUGUUUUGGAUGAGGUGACCUCUGACCUCCUGAGUCACAUGGACGAAUGCUUCCUGUUCAUUCAGGAGGCUGUGGAUGGAGGCGGAGCUGCACUUGUCCACUGCCAGGCUGGUCGGAGUCGCAGUGCCACCAUCGUUACUGCUUAUCUAAUGAAGAGAUACCAGCUGGGCUUCACCGAGGCUUACUGCAGACUCAAGAGAGUCAAACAGGAUGUGCAGGUCAACAGCGGUUUUGAGGAGCAGUUGUGUCUGUAUGAAGCCAUGCAUUGUAAAGUGGAUGCCUCCAGUCCUCUGUACAAACAGUACAGACUGACCAAAGUUACUGAGAAGUACCCUGAGUUGCAGCAUGUUCCGAGGGAGCUGUUUGCCGUUGACCCUGCCCACUCCAGUUCCUCUGAAGUGUCCUACCGCUGCAGGAAGUGCAGAAGAACUCUGUUUCGUGACUCCAGCAUUCUCAGUCACCCAGUUGGAGAAGGAGCGUCAGCCUUUGGUCACAAGAAGACCAAUAACCUCUCUGGAGACGUCCAGUGUACGUCUUACUUCAUUGAACCGGUGCAGUGGAUGGAACAAGCUUUACUUGGAGUGAUGGAUGGUCAGCUGCUGUGUCCUAAGUGUAGCUCUAAGCUGGGCUCAUUCAGCUGGUGCGGUGAUCAGUGUUCGUGUGGUCGCUGGGUCACUCCCGCCUUCCAGCUGCAUCGCAACAGAGUGGACGAGAUCCGACAGCUGAAAAUACAGAAAUAGUGCUACACACACACACACACACACAGUGUGACAACAACAAAUGAAGUGAUGAGAAGAACUUUUUUUUAUUUAGGAAAAGUAUGGGCCCUGAAAAAAUCACAAGAGGACAUGUUGGAAGUUGACAAAAAAAGAAUUGCAACUCUAAAAUUCUUUGUUUUAUAGUUACUUCCAGCUCAUUGUUUAGCUGUCUGGCCCACCACUUUGCUGAUUUUGAUCACUCUCACUGCUCUCACAGUGUCAUCUUCAGCCACAACAGGCAGACGUUUUUCCAUAAAAAGCUCGAAGUGUCCCAUUGGACACUAGCUGCUCAGCACCAAACAGCAGACAGACACAGUUAGAGAUGAGGUGAUGAACAUAGGGAAGUAUUUAGCAGCUGGAGAGACAGAUCUUUUACUCAGGAGUUGGUGCAGACCAAAAUCAGAGCUUAAAAGAGAGUGAAUAUUGAACUUAAAUGGACACAAACAUGACUCCAUAUGAAUGAGGAUGUCGCUUAGUAACUGCUGGAUGUGUAAAUAAUCAACAAGUUCACUUGGAAUAAAUGUUAUCAUGGUGAUAAUAUUUCAAUUUUGUGUUUGCAGCUUGUUUCCACUGCCCUCAAGUGGCCAGAUAUAAGUCCAAUAUGUACUCUCCUUCAGCUCUGUUUUUAGCUAAAGGAAGUAAUAAAGCUCCAAAAGAGUCAUCAACCUUCACAUUACACACAUUUGCUUGCAAAAUACCACAUUGCUUACAUCAUCUCAAUUGAGAAAGCACUUGUCCUAUCAGUGUACAUUAUGUAUCCAUGGAAUCGGGACCGUUGCUUAGACAAUAAGACAAUUUAAAGACAUCUCUGAAUGGUUGCUGAUAUGUUAAGAGUUGCUGCCCUAACAGCAAUGGGGUAACAGCUUACUGAAGGUUGUCGGGGUCCAUACUGAACGCAUUAGAGCAAAGGUAUUUUAUACCAGUAAUAUCCCAAUACAAGGAUGAUCCAAUUAACACAACCUGUUUCUAAGUCUGUAAGUAUGCCUGAUGGCUGUUCAGUAACACACACGAUGUAAAUAAAUGAAAAAUAAAAGCAUUUGUAUGUAUCAA